AACCAAUUCAACCGGAUGACACGGUUGAUUAUUUUUGCUUUAGCGUGAAAUUUACUCGCUCGCUCAACAUUGUUAGGUUAGGCGCGGAGUGCCUAAUCAAACAGACCUAGUUAAUUCAAGAAUACUUAUUAAUUUAUUUAUUAUUAAAAUAUAGGAAGAUAAUUCCGAUAUGAACGGUGCAGGUAACGUCAUCGAGCGGCAGAAUACGCGAACUAACAAAUCCCAGCUAACCUAACUUAUAAAUGUUUAUUAUGUACACGUGAGUGUUGUACAAAAAAUAAUUCAAUAAAAUGAGUUUAUUCGUAAUAAACAGGUAUGAGGGAGAGAAAGAGUCAGAGGCGAAAACCGAAAAUAAACAUUUAUCAGAAUUAUUGAAAAGAAUAGAAGAACGUAAAAGGGAAAGAAAUCUUAAAAAGAAAAACGUUGUACAAGAUGAUAAUGAGCAGGAUGCAGAGAAAAGUGCCUGCAAAAGAAAGAAAAAGAAAAAGGAGGUAGAUAAUGAAUCUGUGGUAGGAAAUGAAUCUGUAGUAAAAAAUGGAUCUCCCGUAGAAAAUGAAUCUGUGGUAGAAAAUGUUCGCAUUAGUGAAGGUGGUAAAGAGAAUAAUGUUGAAACCGAGUCCUCGAGUCCACAAAAAUCACAUAAGAAGAAAAAGAAAAAGAAGAAAGAAAGGAAUCUUGAUGACACCAAAAAUGACAUAAAUGGUGAAAGUAUUGAAGCUGAUGUUGAAAAAUUAGCAAUAACAAAUAUUGAUAAUCAAAAUGAUCAAUCAGUAAAUACAUCAGUAAAUGUAAAUAGUGAGAAGAAAACUGAUUUUAUGGUGCUCGGGGUUAAACAUGAUAAGAAGAAGCAAGAAGUUAAGAGAGUAUUACCAGACUGGUUAGCUAAUCCAAAUAUCAUAUCAAAUGAUUUAAACAAUGGUCCAAGCUUGGAGAGCUUGAAUUCUGUUUUAGAUACUAAACUUAUUCAAAUUUUAAAGACAAAUGGUAUCAAUAAAUUAUUUCCUGUUCAAGCUAGUAUGAUAUCUUGGUUAUUGAAGUGCAAUGAAGAUAAACAGCAGGGAUGGUGGUUAAGAGAUACGUGCGUAUCUGCUCCUACAGGCAGUGGUAAAACUUUGGCGUAUGUUUUACCAAUCGUGCACAUAUUACAAUCUCGGUUAGUGCCAAAGAUACGGUGCUUGGUUGUUGUGCCAGUUCAAGAGCUAGCUGCACAAGUUUAUAAGGUGAUGGUUGCAUAUACAUCACACACAAACCUUACAGUUGCUUUGCUUUCUGGAGCAUCUUCGUUUCAACAAGAACAAAGUACCAUUUUAAGAACGAAUGCGAGAGGGGAAAGUGUUUCCGCAGUGGAUAUAGUUGUCGCAACGCCAGGCCGAUUAAUAGAUCACAUUUUGAAAACACCAGAAUUUUCUUUAAGCGAUUUACGAUUUCUAGUUAUUGACGAAGCAGACCGGGUUACAGACUGGAUAGAUUAUCUUCCCGAACCUCAUAAUCAUACUCCACGACUAACGCUCUCCAACAUGCGUUCCAGCAAACCACCCGUGCAAAAACUGCUGUUCAGUGCAACCUUAUCGCAAGAUCCAAAGAAACUGAGUCAUCUACGACUAUUUCAACCCGUGCUGUUUACGACCGUUUUAGUAACAGACAACGAUAACGACGUCAAUUUAGAUACAGAAGCGGGUAAUUACAUAGGUCGUUAUACAGGUCCUGAAGGAUUGACAGAACGUGCAGUAGAAUGUACAAUGGAGUACAAACCUCUCGCUUUAUAUGAUUUAUUAACAAGGAAUAACACAAUUAUUAAGACGCUAAUAUUCACGAAUUCUGGAGAAUCCGCUCAUAGGUUAACCAUUCUACUUGGGUCGUUGUUAGCCGUAAAGAAUGUAACAGUUGGGACACUUUCGGCACAGCUCAAACCCAAAGAACGUGAAAACGUACUCGGAAAGUUUAUUACUGGUGAAAUCCAAAUACUUAUAAGCUCAGACGCGCUAGCCAGAGGCAUGGACAUUCCAGAUGUAGGGUUGGUCAUAUCUUACGACCUUCCUAAGCACAUUAAAGGAUAUAUUCACAGAGCUGGAAGAACAGGUCGCGCCGGAAAAACUGGCAUAGUGAUUUCAAUUUUGACACCGAAGCAAGUUGGACUAUUUAAAAGUAUGUUGAGUAACGUUCACAAAGCGGUACCACACAUUGAAAAAUUGGAGUUGGAUUCUAUCGCAAGUGCAGUAGACUAUCCGAGUCAUAUCAAGAAUUUGAAAGAAACUCUCGAAGAAGAGAAACAACGUGAUUUGUCGCGAACGAAGGCUGUUAAACGAAUUCGAUCGGUAGCUCAGGAGUGAAGAACAUUUUUUAUAUGUAAUUAACAACUAGAAUAAAUUGAUUAAGCAUGAAGUAUGUG